AUGUCAAGUUUCCAUAGAGCUGAAAGACGUAAAUCAGUGGCUGAAAGAAGUCCAAGUGUUUCCUAUGCUCCCGAUACAAUUCCACAAUUAGCAGGUUUAGAAAAACCUCAAGAACAUAAUUUACAUAUUGGUGAAUGUGAUGUUUUAGUUAUGGGGACAGGAUUAGUUGAAAGUGUUGUGGCGGCAGCAUUAUCAUGGCAAGGAGUCGAUGUUUUACAUAUAGAUAACAAAACCUGUUAUGGAGAUCUGAAUUCCACUUUAACCAUUGAACAAGUGAAACUGUGGUGUCAAGAAGUUAAUAGUGGCAGAAUCCAACAUUUUGAAGAUGCUCAAGUUUAUGUUACCGGAGAUAUUUAUCACCCUCAAAGUAAAUUUAAAAGUAAAGAUUAUGGAAUUGAUUUGACUCCUAAAAUUAUGUUUGCCCAAUCAGAUUUAUUAAGUUUAUUAGUGAAAUCUCGAGUUUAUAAGUAUUUGGAGUUCCAAAGUUUAAGUAACUUCCACAUCUUUGAAAAUGAUAGCUUCUCAACUAAAUUUGCUAAUGCUAGUUCAAAAGAAGAAAUCUUUACUGAUCAAUCAUUAUCUUUGUUAACUAAAAGAUAUUUAAUGAAGUUUUUAAAAUUCGUUUUAGAAGAUAAUAAUGAUGAAGAUAAACGUAAAACUUUGGCCGACAAUGCUAAAGUUACAAUCUAUGAUUUCUUAUCUCAGAAGUUCAAUUUGGAAACUUCUCAAAUCAAUGAAUUGAUUUAUUCUAUAGGUCUUUGUAUUAAACCUACUACCAAAACUCCUGAAGCCAUUGCAAGAAUAAGAAGAUUCUUAGUAAGUUUUAACGUUUAUGGAAAUUUCCCUGUUUUAGUACUGAAAUAUGGUGGACCAGGAGAAAUAUCUCAAGGUUUUUGUAGAAGUGCAGCUGUUGCUGGAACAACUUAUAAAUUGAAUACUGCUUUGACUGAUUAUGAUCCUCAAUUGAAAUUGGCUAAAUUUAGUGAUAAAAGUUCAAUUAAAAUCAAUGAAAAAUUAAUUGUGGCACCAACCCAAAUUCCUAAAUUCCUUCAAUCUAGUUAUAAUGAAAUCACUGAAUCUUUGAAAAAAGUUAAUAUCUCAAGAUUAGUGGUGAUUGUUAAAAAAGACUGUAAAGAAUGGAUGGCAGAUCAAGAAUGUUCAGCUAUGGUAGUUUUCCCUCCAGAAUCUUUGAAUUCUCAAAAUAAGACAAGUAUCCAAGCUUUAAUUCAAAAUGGUGGUACAGGAGUUUGUCCACCAGGUCAAUCAAUUUGGUAUUUGACCUCUUUUGAACAAGAUUCAAUCAAAGCUAAACAAGAUUUACAAUGUGCUUUUGAAAAAAUGGAAAGUUCCAUUUUAAGAGAAUCAUCAGAUUUGGAUGAUGUUUUAGAUGAGAACUUAUCAGUGAACAAGAGCGGUACUUCAUUGGUUGUUAACUCUGUCAAAUUAGGUAAAUCUUUACAAAAUUUCGUUCCUAAAGAAACCCUUGAAAUAAUAUGUAAAUUUGGUUUCACCCAAAAGACUUAUGUAUUGAAUGAUUUGUCUAAUGUUAUUAAUCCAACUGAUGAAAAUAACGUUUCAUUACGUAAAACAAAAGACUGUGAAGAUAUAAUAUUCACUAAUAUGCCUUCUUCGGAGAUUAGUUAUGAUGGAAUUGUUAAAGAAUGUAAAACCAUUUAUCAAGCUAUUACAGGUUCUGAUGAUGAUUUCUUCGAUGUUGAUUUUGAAGAUGAUGAUGAGUUCAAUCCUGCAGGUUUCCAUCAACAACCAACAACCAGUUCAUCAAAUUUAAAAACUUCAGAUAAUGAUAUGGCCAUUGCUUCCAGCGAUGAUGAAGAUAAUGCUCAUCCAUUUGGUGCUGAUGAAAUGGAAUUGUAA